AUGUCCGACACAUGGCUAUCUUGUCUCAUGCAUACUGAAGAGUCACUUCUUGAUAGCUUACCUGGUACUUUUUCACUCAACAAAUAUAUUGUAAACAAGAAGAAAACAAAAGGAAAACGCCCUUUCAAAAGGGAAAGAAUCAUAAACCCUAACAUUGUGUCAUCAAGAGCCCUAGUCUUAAGUAUUUCCAAUAAUCUCUCCUUUCUAGUUUUCGUUCCGACCACUGUGAAUCCUUGCUAUCAGAGAAUCACUAAUGAAGAAAGGCCUCUUUCUAGUCUUCGUUCAGAUGAAUUGUCAAUUUCACAAAGCAUUUUAAAUAUGAUUCUCAAUGGUUCAGUGUUCUAUUUUGCAUAUUUUUCUUCCACUGAUGCAACUCACAACAAAAUUGAUUUGAGAACAUGGAGAAACUAUAUUCCAAUAGCAAGAGACGGUGUUCAGUAAAGAGCGAAAAAAGAUUGACAACCUAGACAAGGCUUCUAUUAUAACGGACGAAUUAUUAUAAUAUAAUUGAAAGCUUUAUAUAAUUUGAAUGAAGACUGUACCAGGAAUUCUAUAGUUCAUGAUUCUAAAAUUCUAUAAUUUGUCUUACUUUAUGUUUCUAAUUUUUCUAUAUUUAGAAAAAAAAGUCUUGUAAGAGUACACCUGUAUGUGAAUUCUUAUUAGUGGAAAUUGAUUCAGAAU